AGAUACCAACAAUGAAUCAUAAUUCAAUGGAUAUGGACAUGAAUCAAGGACCUUUCAUGUGGAUGUGGUUUCAUACAAAACCACAAGACACUGUUCUUUUUUCCACGUGGAAUAUUACUAGUGCUGGAAAAAUGGUUUGGGCGUGUAUACUCGUUGCAAUUGCUGGAAUUAUCUUGGAAGCAAUUAAGUAUAACAGAAGACUAAUUCAAAAACGACAAUCACCAAGCAAAAAAGAAAGCUACAUUUCCCGCCUGCUCUCCACAAUGCACUUUUUUCAAACAUUCUUAUUUUUUGUUCAACUCGGUUUCAGUUAUUGUCUUAUGCUCAUUUUCAUGACGUUUUCAAUUUGGUUGGGAUUAGCUGUUGUUAUUGGCUUGUCUAUUGGAUUUUUAAUUUUUGGAGGAAGGAGUGAAUAGUUUUUAUUUUUUAAUUUCAUUUCUAGAAUUUCAUAUAAAUGUUAUCAACAAU